GGUUCAGACCUCUUACUGGUUCAGCACUUAAUGGUUUAGACCUCUUACUGGUUCAGCACUUAACCAUUCAGAAGUUGUCAAACAGCCCCUUUGUCUUUUUAGUCCGAUAAAUAUUUUCUAUAAUUUGGAUACAAAAAUGGUCCAUUCUACGGCGGAACCAAGUGGGGUCAAGUGGGUCUGUUCAGUGGCCAAGCUUUAACGGAAACUCGGUGUGGGCCGUACUAAAAAAAAUCCAAAUGCGCGGGGGUUAUACUUUUAAAAAUCUAAUAUUUUACACUAAAAAAACAAAUUUUUGGUAAAUUAACACUACGCGCGAGGGGCUGGGGCACCCGGGCCUCCAUUAUCCUCCGCCCAUGGGUCUGUUGGCCCGUUCUCACCAGAAUUUGUUGGAUUUUUAUAUAAAAUUUGAGUUUUUUUAACAAAAAUAUUAGUCGGACUUAACGGAUAGAGUAGAGAACCUUAUGAUGAUAACUGGACUAAAAAGUUCUGGUUUCGACACCGACUCCGUUUCCAGGAAACUUUUCCUAUCAAUGUCAACCAGCGGUUGCAGUGUGUCGCCGGAACUAGAAGCUUGUUGGGAUGAAAAAAUCGCUUUUAUUCUCAAAUUUGUGGCCAUUGCUUGCAUACUGUUGGCUGGAUUCAUCGGAGUAGCCGUCCCGUUGGUCGGCAAGAGCUGGCGAAUUCUUAGAUCAGAUUCCGGUUUCUUUUCUGCCACGAAAGCUUUUGCUGCUGGUGUCAUUUUGUCUACAGGCUUCGUGCACAUACUACCGGAUGCCACAUCAGCAUUAUCCGACCCGUGUCUCCCUAAAUUCCCCUGGUCCAGUUUCCCGUUUUCGGGGUUCAUUGCAAUGAUGGCUGCUUUGUUUACAUUGCUUGCUGACUUCAUUACCACUCAAUACUAUGAAGGAAAGCAAGAAAAGCAGAUUGAGACGUCCGGAAUUGAGGUGGGUGAUUUGGAUCCAGCGGUGGUUCCGUUGGUGUCGAAAGAGGAUGGUUUGGAGGAGAAUGGGAUUCACAAUGUGGUUAUGGAUGGUGGUGAUGUUCAUCGUACCCACAUCCGUGAAAACGGUCAAAGGCACGAGCACUUAGAGAGCCAUUCUCACAAGCAUGCGUUUGAAGAUGAUGACGAUACAGAUAGUGUUGUACGCUAUGCUGUCGCUUCACAGGUAUUGGAACUUGGAAUUGUGUCGCAUUCAAUAAUAAUCGGUUUAUCAUUAGGAGUUUCACAAAGUCCAUGUACAAUUAGACCAUUGCUCGGGGCGUUAUCUUUCCAUCAGUUCUUUGAAGGAUUUGCAUUAGGCGGUUGCAUCUCACAAGCAAAAUUUGGGAUCCUUCGUUCGACGUUAAUGGCGGGUUUUUUCGCGGUAACGGCUCCUAUAAGCGUGGGCAUAGGGAUGGGUGUGUCAUCGUUUUAUGACCAUGAUAGUCCUAGAGCUUUGAUUGUUGAAGGUAUCCUGGACUCCAUUUCUGCUGGGAUUUUAAUUUAUAUGGCUUUAGUGGACUUAAUUGCUGCUGAAUUCUUGAGUAAGAAGAUGAAAAGCAAUUUUGGAAUUCAAAUGGUGUCUUUUAUUGCACUUUUUCUUGGGGCUGGAUUAAUGGCUUCUCUUGCAGUAUGGGCUUAAAGAUAGAUGCCUUUGUUUUUACUAAUGGUGUAAAUAAUAUUAAGUGGCUUCAUAUAAUCCCUUAAAUGUACAAAAUAUAUAUAUAUGUAUUAUCUGGUGGCUCUUUGAUUCUAAAUGAACUUUUGACUCAUGAGGAUUUAAUCU